GCGUGCGUAUAUGUUUGACAAAGGAAUCGCCGGCGGUGCGGCAGUCAGUCAGUCAGUCAGUCAGUCAGUCAGUCAGUUGCCGUAGUCGCACUUAGAUCGGCGCUCUCUCCCUCGCAGUCGCACACCAUUCUCCACUUUCAUAUGUGACAGCGUAGUUUUUAUUUUUUGGUGAAGAUAUUUUACUUUCGAGUGCCUUGUACUUGGAGCAUUCGUCGUUGAUUUGGCCGCGGCAGUGUGCGCCCUGCUCCCUACUUUUGUUUACAUAAGGUCACGUGGCAGAAAGAUCCCGAAAAUGGAAGUAAUCAUGCACGAGGCAAGCGAAUCGGCAAUCAGCAACAGUCAGUUGGAGACAAAUGGUAAUGCACCGUCAAAUUAUCAGCAGCAAGUAGCACCAUGUUGCGUUCACAAGACGCUACAACCAGCAGCAGUACCGGUGGCUUGGACUGCUAGUCAACAAGAGAUUAUCCAGGGUAAUAACGGCACGCCGUUCUCCAAAACUAAGAACGACGAGAGUCUUGAUAUCAUGUUCCAAAAUAUCAUCUAUACGGUCAAUCUAGGAUGGAGACAAGGUAAAAAGGAGAUUCUACACAGCCUAAACGGUCGUCUACCCUCGAAGCAAUUAAUCGCAUUAAUGGGUCCAUCGGGCGCCGGUAAAUCAACUCUUCUCGACGUUCUUUCUGGUUUCCGUAUAACUGGUGUGCAAGGUUCAGUCUACGUUAACGGACGUGUUCGCGAUCUCGAUGCUUUCCGAAGGUCCAGCGCUUACAUCACCCAGGAUGACCGUUUGCAGCCUCUGCUCACAGUAUUGGAGAAUAUGCACGUUGCCGCUGACCUCAAACUUGGCACCGACACAUCUAGAAGCGAAAAGGAAACUAUCAUCGAGGAAAUCCUGACGACCCUUGGACUUUACGAGCACAUGCGCACGCCUUCGAGUCGGCUCAGCGGUGGACAGAAAAAACGUUUGUCGAUCGCUCUUGAGCUUGUCAACAAUCCGACGGUGUUGUUCCUUGACGAACCUACCACAGGUUUGGACAGUUCAUCAUGCUCCCAAGUGGUCAACUUACUGAAAGUUCUAGCACGACAAGGCAGAACGAUAAUCUGCACAAUUCACCAACCAAGUGCCUCACUAUUCCAAAUGUUCGAUCAGGUAUACGUUUUGGCGAAAGGUCAGUGCUUGUAUCAAGGAGCAACGAAUAAUCUUGUACCGUAUUUGGAGAGCGUGAAGCUUCCCUGCCCAAUGUAUCACAAUCCUGCUGAUUACGUGAUCGAAUUGGCAUGCGGCGAAUACGGAGAAGACAAAAUCGAUGCUCUGGUUCAAGGAACGGAAAACGGCAAGAGUCUCAAGUGGUUCGACAAUCCUGAUGUUUUACUUGACCCCAGAUCGCUAAGAGCACUGAAUCCGGUAAAAACCAGUAAAAAGGACGAACAAGGACCACAAGCUACAUCGCAAUUUCAUCAGCUGGCUGUUUUGCUCAAACGAGGAUGUAUCAAAGUCAAAAGAGAUUCGACUUUGACGCACUUGAGAAUAAUGGUGAACAUAUGCACGGGAUUAAUGCUGGGCUCGCUGUUUAUCGAAGCGGGAAAUGACGCUGAUAGGAUAAUAGAGAACUAUAAUUUACUGUUUGGCUGCCUUAUACAUCACAUGAUGACCACUAUGAUGCUGACUGUUUUGUGCUUCCCAGCUGAGAUGAAUAUCCUGCAAAAAGAACACUUCAACCGGUGGUAUAGCUUGAAAGCUUAUUAUACGUCUGUGACAAUAGUCGACUUUCCUGUAUCGGUACUAUGCUGCUUCCUAUUUUCAUUGAUUGUGUACUUCAUGUCGGAUCAACCGGCCGAAUGGGUUCGUUUCGGCAUGUUCUUCGCUAUCAGUCUUCUGGUCGCGAUGGUCGCUCAGAGCUUCGGCUUGAUGAUCGGAGCUUGGUUCGACGUUGUGAAUGGAACAUUCUUAGCACCAACAUUGUCAGUGCCAAUGAUGAUGUUCGCCGGAUUUGGAGUAUCUCUACGUGAUCUUCCAAGCUACUUGUAUUGGGGUACUUACAUCAGUUAUUUGCGGUAUGGACUUGAAGGAUACGUUAACGCGAUUUAUGGCUUGAACAGAGGUCCUCUAGAAUGCCACAACGACGACCUAGAUUUCUGUUACUACAAAGAUCCACGCAAAUUUCUCAAGGAUGUAGUAGCCAUGCGAGAUGACCAGUUCUGGAUAGACUUUGGUGCUCUCAGCUCUAUCGUUAUUGCGAUGAGACUCGCUGCUUAUUAUCUUUUACGAUGGAAACUCAUGGCGUCACGGUAGUCACUUGAAUUCUCUAAUGGAGAGGAUUUCAGAAAAACAGUGACUAUAGCGCGUGGCAGCGCUUGCAACGACAAUGCACAUACCAUUAGAUAACGCUGAGUAUGGAAAAUUUUGAAAAUCCGUGAUACGGAUUGGUGAAGCUUUUAUUACGCGAGAUAUAUCGCACAAUGCCCAAUCGUAACAAAUCGCGUAUGUAUACAGUUGGGUCAAUAAAAAAAAUUAUUUUAUCUUAUUAUAAUACUAGUCAAUAAGGAUUGUUAAUCUAGCAGUGUUUUCUGUUGAAAGGAAAUGUCUACUAUAACGUGAUCAAACUGUUUCGAAGACUGUAAAGAGGAGGGGGGGAUUUUUUGGAGGGAUGCUCUUUCAAAAUUUUCUAUAACUCAGUUUGUCACACUCCUGUAUAUGUUAAGUUUUUUUAUUUUAGUUUGCUUUAAGAUUAAUUUUUUUCAUUACGAUUGUAAACAUGAUUUUCUGAGUGAAGAGUUCUAUUUUAACGAUAGAUGACACUGCAUUGCCUUUCGUUUUUUAUUGUAGGCGGUAAGACGUUAAUGAUGACGAGAAGGAGGAAGAGCAAGCAAACGGCAAUCGUUGAUUGCUCGUUUGUCAUCAUUAUUAUUUUUUUAUUAUAUCUUCAUCAUGACUGAUCGCAACUUUUCUUACGAAGCUAUUAAGCGAUUUAUUAUUAUUACUUUUUUUAUUUAUUAUCUUUACGCUGAUAUUGAGCUUCGAUUCAGUGGUCUCGUUUAUAAAUAUAAACGCACACGCGUCGAUAUUGUGCUUAUUCAAGGCAAGAUAAGAAAAAGAUGUGUAAAAAUAAAGUGUACGAUAGUAAAGUUAUAUUGUUAAUAUAGAA